CCAAAUACCAGACUUUUUAAUCCCCAAUAUACAAGAUCCUGUCUGGUCCAGUCUGAUAAGGGUCCAUAAAACCCCUGUAGACUUGACAUGUAGCGUAAUUAUUGUCAGAGAAUCAUAAAUUUUAUUGCCUACAGGUAAAUUGGUUAUUUCCUGUGUUUUGCAUUUUAUUAAUUGAAAUGCUGUUGCUUUUUAGUCUUUUUUCAGCAUGUACACAAAAUUAUUUUAAUUGAUAAGAUACUAAUUUUGAUUGCUUAGUCAUGUUGAGUAAUGUCCUGGCCAAUUAAAUUAUAACUCUUAUAGCAAAGCAUUUCUCACUAUAAAAUAAUUAUUCAAAACUUAAUAAGAGAAAUUACAAGUUUGUUUAUUCAAUGAUUAUGAUCUUUUUAUCAAAAGUAACAAAAUAAAAACAAAAAGAAAAGAUAAUUGCUGGAUUUUAUUAGAAAUUAAAGAAGCGUUCAGUUGCAUUUUUAAUACAUAAAGAAGGUUUAUAGACAGAAGGAUGUUAUAUAUUAAAAAUGCUUAAUUCCUCUUGUGUUGUCUAAGUAAUGUUAACUUUCUUUUAUGUAUAAGAAAAUCUAGUAAUAAAGAUAUAUCAUUGUUCAAAAUACACAAUAAUUUAUUACUUCUAAAAGCUAUGUGCCUGAAUGCAUUUUUUAUAUUUUUGAUAAUAAAAAACAGCAAUAAUGAGAUGUAAUUGUUAAAAAACUUACUUUAUUAAAAAUAUGAUAAAACACUGUUGUAUCUUAUCACUUUGUUUAUUUAGCCCUAAUUCAAUCAAGCUUUCUAAACUCGUUAUAAAGGUGAGAACUGAUUUGCUAUAAAGGUGAGAAAUAUCACCUGCAAUUUAUUUACUGCACAGUAGCUACAUUUUGUAUACAGUAGCUUAUUAUGAUAAACAGAAGCAAGUCUACCAAUGGUCCUGACUUGUGUAUCGGCCCUUAUCGCCAAUACGCAGACCUUAUCAUCUCCAUAGGCCACAUACCAGGCAUACCAGAAUCAGUGUCUUUAAAUUUGCUGAUAUAUGUCUAUCUAGUGAAUGUACAUAUGUUAUGUUCAGGAGGAAAUAAAAGAAUCAAUUAAUCAUCCUCGGGUUUAGUAUUGUGUAAGUCGCCUCAAUUGAGAAAGAAUAGUUUAACGUCAGAGGUUAUUUCUAAGGUCACGGAGUUUCAUUGGCCAGCUUGUAAUUACAACAGCUUUCGGUAUCAGUAGCUCAGUCAAGUGUGACUUGUUGAACUAUAAUAUUCCUUCUCAAGAGAAGGAAUAACAAGUUAAAGCAUAGCAAAAGUUCCUUCUAGGACACAUCUAUAUAAAUAUAUAAUGAUCAUCUUGAAAAAAAAUUGGUUUGCAAUAUCUGUUUAAAAUAUUGGUCAUCAGUGUGCGGAACCCCAGAAUUGGACACAAGGACAAGACUAUUGUACCAUAUUGACAUUCCGUAUCCUCCCGUUUAAUCAGGGAGUCAGUGGCGCAGUGGUCAGCAGUUUGGACUACGUCGGCGAUCCGCGUUCGAUUACCGGAACCGGAUCGAUUCCCGGUUGCGGCUGAUAUCCCGACUAGUGUUCAGUACUGGGUGAUUUACUUUAAUUUGGUACUGUUUCCAACAGUAUCAGUCUAGACUGGAUGCUGGAGAGGUAAAUGACGCCUGCCGUGAGCUCGGCUGGAAAUAAGUUGUUCCAUCAGGUGAGGACUUUCGUCAAGAAGAAACUUUACUUACUUUUUAAGAGCACCUGGGGGCGUUACAUUUUGCACGAAGAAUGCGUUUAUUUCUGUACCAAAAUACAAAAAAAAAGAAAAAAAAGAAGAAAAAAACACUAAAAUUUAAAGAAAAGAACUAUGUUGUCUUAUACUGCCUAAAAUGUCAAACAGAUGUUUUAUGUAGACAAGCUUACUGUUGCUGAGUGGCUGCUUUUUAAUUUCUGACUUUUGCAGCCACUGCAGUUCGACCGUCACAAUAUAAAACAAACUGUAUACGUCGGAUUAGUUCGACUAGUAUUUGUGCUAACAUAAAUUGUUAAAUCUAACACCAAAGUAAAUACGUUACCACUUUCAGUGGAGUAAAUACGGCAAUAAGAAUACAAUGGCUAUACAUAUUUGACCAGAUCAAUCCAAUUCCACAUGCUGCGUGAAUUUGUCACAUAUAAUUAGAGGGUCGCAAUGGGAUUUGUUUUCACAUAUCGGACCUUGCAUUCGAAGGAAACGAUAAUAUUUAUUUUGUUGUUUACCUGUAAAUUUGCUGAUAUAUGUCUAUCUGUUUGUACACAUGUUACGCUCUUCAAGAAUCAAUCAUCCUAUGUUAUCCGUGGAACGCGUUCAGUCAGAGUCGCCUCAGUUAGAAAAAAAAAUAUGUUUAACGUCAGAGAAUAUUUCUAGGGUCACGGAGUUUGAUUGGCCAGCUUGUAAUGACAACAGAUUUCGAGGUCACUUGCUCAGUCAAGUGUUACUUACCGGCCCUAAGUAUUCCUUCUCAAGAGAAGGAACAAUAAACACAUGAAAGAGUCUAUUAUUCAUGAUACCUGCUUACAAACAGAGGGUUUAAGCAACUUUAUCUGAAAAGUAUUUUCUUCUAAAGCGAAGUAAUUAAGCUUCCAUUUCACACAUAUAUUAAGCAAUGUUAAAUUUUCAUGAGCACGGAUCAAGUAAUUAAGUGCGCAUGUGUGAGGAAAAUAAUUAGGUUCACUUUUCAAUAUACCACCGUUUCUUGCAGUAUGUUUGUUCUUAGUCCUGAUGGCUAAUGUAUAUGGUUUGUAUAGAAGAAUAUUGUUAAUAAAACAAUCAAAUGAAUAAAUAUAACGCAAGUUGGCUUCCUACAAAAAAGUAGUUAUAACUUGUUGUCAUUUGUAGAAGGGUGACUGUUUUUCAGAUCUUAAUCUAUAGUUAGCCUUUCAGAUCUUAAUCUAUAGUUAGCCCAAUUGCUAAUGUCUGACUGUAUCAGCCAGUACUGGCUUAGGAAAAAGGGUACCAUCCUUAUCCUUUGUAUUGGAUUGUAACUGGAUUUUGAAUUUAUGAUUACUGCUUAAGGAUAAACUUGUGUUGGAUGGUAUUUGAUUUUGAAUUUAUGAUUAAUGUGUAUUGACUGUGUUUCUCCCAUUUGGUUAUGUUAGAUCAUUUAAGAAAAUGGUUGCCGAUUAUAUCCAUUGUGUUGGAUGGUAACCGGAUUUUGAAUCUAUGAUCAAUGUAUAUUGAUGAACUCUGUUUAGCCCAUUUGGCUGUGUUCGAUCAUUUAAAAAAAAACAGGUUGACCAUUAUAUCCAUUGUGUUGGAUCAUAACCAAAUUUUUGAUUUUUUUAUUAUUGUACAUUAAUUGUUUAGCCCAUUUGGCCAUGUUUGAUCAUUAAAAAAAAUAAGUUGCCCAUUACAUCCAUUGUUUUGGAUGGUAACCAGAUUUUGAAUUCAUGAUUAUUGUAAAUUGAUGAACUAUGUUCAGCCCAUUUAGCUAUGUUCGUAUUUUCAAAAGAAAUCACCUUUAGAAGUCAUGCAGACGAUAAAUAACACAUAUGAACAAAACAGCGAUCAGGGGGCAUGUAUACAGGUGUUAUGAGCGUGUCAGGGACGGCAAUGAGUCACUAGACGUCGCCAAAUAACCGGAAGAUCUGAAUGGGUACGUUUACACAAGAACGUCUCUCUUAUUUCCAACGCUGAAAGAUAAACUCCGAGGGGUCCAUUUCCAGGACCUUGAUCGUUUGAAAACUGAAUGUAAAAAUACAUUUUCAUCUCUUUCAAAGGACUUGUAUGUUGAUGCUUUACGUAUAUAGGUAAAAGACAUAAGAGCGCUGUAUAGAAAAUCGAGUAAGUGAGAAACGUCAUCUCGAACGUCAAUAACGUCAGUGACGUGCGGCGAUCGCUGCAAGCAUGCCUUCCGUAUAUGUCGAUAUCGGUAAAACUAUGCAGCAUAUCUUAUCGAUAUUCUGGACAAUUCUUCAAAUAGAUGAAGGUACUUCGGUAGGCAUUUUUGUUUAUUCCGGGGCCCUUUUAUAACACACGAUUUUAUGGCUACAGUGACAUUACUUUUGGAUCAACCCUCGUAAUAGUUAACAUGUGUAACUGUUAACAGUAGUUUAAGUUAACUGAUGUAAACGUUAGUUGUAGUAACAGGUAAUAGUUAACUACUAUAACUCCUGACAGUAAUAAUAGCUAACUAGGGUAAUCAAAAUAAACUAAUUCACCUUCCAGCAGGGGUAAGAAUGGUAAACAACAAUUAGUUUCAGUCCUUAGGGGCAAUUUGUGUGGGUAGGUUGAAGAACGAGAAACUAUGAAUAUUUGUGUUAGGCAUUACAGUAACAAUAUUUCGUUCAAAUUAAACAACUUACAUGUAUUUUAUUAAUUAUUAAAUAGACACUGUCCUAAAAUGUUCAAAUUAUUCCUAUUUGUCAAAAUCUGUAGCUUCCUCGGCCGUGAUCUAUUACCUAUAUGUGCUCAUAGUGUUAGAAUGUCCUCCUCACAAACUACAGGCCCAAAUCCGAAAUAAUUUUUCAGGAAUAUAUUUGGAUUUACCCUCUUCCAAGAUUGUUGAAAUCGUUCUGACAAGUAAAUGCAUAUAUGCAUAUGGCUUCCAGAUUCCCCCCAAAUAGCAGAAACUUUUUAAAAAAUUCCUGCACGAAACUGUUGGACCUAUGUUCAAUAAUAAUUUCACAAAUUCUUUUUACAAAUUUUAGUGGGAGAUCCAGCUCUUCCGAUUCGGCUGCACUGCACGAAGAAGGUGUUGUGGUAAUUGUCGCUAUUUCAACUAUAGUUCGACCUUGACGGAAUGAUAUACUUUUUCAAUUGGGUUAUAUCGUUUUUCGGUGCAUUUUCCAUAGAGUUUGUGACGUUUUAAAAGUGAUAUCACUAAAGAAGUGCGUUUUAAUGCUAAUCAUGAUUUUGAUAUUGGCUCAGUUUGUGAUGGUUGCUGCCGGUCUUGGCAUUAAACAUUCAGACAAUACGCCAACGGAACCAUUUCUUUUUAUAACAACCUGCAACUACACACAUGUCCCCAUUAAUUGUGGCACUAGGUCGACAAUAUGCAUACAUUCAGUACAGUACGGGUACAGGGAAGGCUGCGAACGCAUAUGUUGUAGCUAUAAUGCCAGUGAUUGCAUCGUGCAUGACAACAAGUCGAAGAAUUUGCAUAACAUCCAGCAAGAAUGUUCAGAAAAAAGAAGUUGCAAUGUAUCAUUGGAUGGAAAACAGUCGUUAUGUUCUACAAUCAAUGCAGUUGCAUCAUACAUAGUUAUGCAAUAUUCGUGUCCUUCAAGUGAUUCAAAGGCUAUUGCAAAUAAUAAGGCGAAUAUUGUUCUUAUUGCUGCUGCACUUACAAGUUCCAUAGUUGCUAUUGUUGCGAUCGGAUGUCUUGUUGUCUUCUUAGUGGUGAGAUUUAAACGGCGACACCGUAUGAGAACAGGUGCUUUCAAUUCACCGUCCAUCAGUCAAUCUUGCUCAAACACAGAAAAUCAUCCAUUGUUGGAAGGAAUGGGGUCAAAUGAACAGCUUUUAGAAAAAGGUGAAUAUUAUGCAGAAGACAAUGGAUUAACUGUAUAA